UAAAAUAGAUAGAUAGAUAGAUAGAUAGAAAUGGAGGCUCCACAGAAGAGAUGCCGUACAUCUGUGGUGUGGGAGCAUUUCCAUUUGGAAACCCCAAAUAAAGUGAGAUGUGUGUAUUGUGAUCGGCAGCUCGCCUACUGCAACAAUACAUCAUCCAUGAUGCGCCAUUUGAGGAGCAUUCAUCCUGCCAUUCUGCAGGGUGCAGAGGAUGGUAGUGUUCCCCCUGUACCAAGGCCUGCUACUGACACUGCUGGGCCAUCUAAGCAAGGCAGACAGAGGGAAUUGGAUGAGGCUCUUCUGAACAUGGUGGUGAAGGAUCUGCAGCCCUUCACCAUCGUGGAGGAUGAGGGUUUCAGGGCCUUUGUGAACAAGCUUGAUCCAAGCUAUGUCCUCCCAUCCCGGAAGGUGCUUAAAACAAUGGUCAGCUGA